GGAAUUUUUACCCAAAUAAUUGAGGGCUGCUGCAAGACUCUUGCAUCUCUGCUCCGCUCGCCACUGCCUUUCUCCGCUCUUUCUUCUUCAUCAUUGAGUGUAUGAGAUGGGAGAGAGAAUCCCACCUGGGAGUUUCUUCCAGUACCCUAUAUCUGGAGUCCAUGCUUCUCCUCAUAGGCCCUCUUCUAUCCCCACAGAUCGUGAAAGAUAUUUGGCUGAGUUGAUAGCAGAGAAACAGAAAUUGGUCCCUUUUAUGCAAAUUCUACCAUUAUGCUCCAGGCUUCUUAAUCAAGAAAUCAAACGUGUAUCAGGUUUUAAUCAGAGUUUUAUUGAACAUGAAAGAUUUGACCAUGAAAGUCAUUUUAGGCCCUUAGCUCAACCUCCCAAUGGGAGACAAAUGGAUUUGGAGAGAUGGUCUUUGAUGCAAACUGAGGAAAAUGGGCAUCUGCAACGAAUGGCCCCGAUCCAAGCUGCUUCAAUGGGUUGGCCUGGUGUGCCAGGUGUUCCUACAACACCUAUUGUAAAGAGAGUUCUUAGGCUUGAUGUCCCCGUGCAUAAAUAUCCGGAUUAUAAUUUUGUUGGCCGAAUUCUGGGACCACGUGGAAACUCCUUGAAACGAGUUGAAGCUGCAACCGAGUGUAGGGUGUACAUAAGAGGCAAGGGUUCUGUAAAGGAUUCUGUAAAGGAAGAGAAACUAAAGGGUAAACCAGGAUAUGAACACCUUAAUGAGCCCUUGCAUGUGUUAUUAGAGGCUGAAUUUCCAGAGGAUAUAAUAAAUGCCCGCCUGGAUCAUGCAGUGGCGAUACUAGAAAACCUUUUAAAGCCUGUGGAUGAAUCCUUGGAUCAUUAUAAGAAACAACAACUGAGGGAAUUGGCUAUGAUAAAUGGUACUCUAAGGGAUGAGAGUCCAAGUAUGAGUCCUGGUAUGAGUCCUAGCAUGUCUCCUUUUAACAGCGCGGGGAUGAAACGUGCCAAGACAGGAAAAUAACCCCUUCACAUUAAUACCAAAUCAUGGUUUUAUUUCUGGAUCACAACCAACUGAUUGGUUGAAGUGUUGAUUGGAAUCAUCAUGCAUUAACACUGGGGGCUGUUUCAGGAAGAGUUGGUUAUACUGCUUCAUCAUACCUAUUCUUUCACACAUUGUUUAAUUAGACAUGAGUUUCUAGCUUGGCCGUUUGUUAAAAGUAAUUCAUUCCUCAACUGUUUUUAGCCGUGUCCUUCCCGGUUCUGCACCGUGUAGCCUCUGAUGGUAGCUGAAGACUCUUCGCAGCUGACAGUCCUAUUCCUAUUACAUGCAUAUAUAUAUAUAUGAAAGAACAGAUUACAGAUUGUAUUGUAAUUUGACCAAAUAAUGUUAUUUUGAAUAUCCUGUUUAAUAUCAUCCUAUUUGUAACAUAAUCGGUUCAGUAAUACUUAAUAUUCAUCUUGCUCCAUUUUCAGAUGUCAAGCAAUAAUAAAGUCCCACUUUCUUC